GGAAGUGGUGUUGCUAGCAUGGAGCUGGAGAAGUUCGAACAGGACAAUGUCAGGAACUGUCUGCUGUCCUCCCCGGUACCGGCGCUGUGCACCCGGGAAGCCUGCUGUCUGGGGAUUGAUGAAGCCGGGAGGGGCCCCGUCCUGGGCCCUAUGGUGUACGGAAUAUGUUAUUGUCCUGUGUCCCGAAAGAAGGAUUUGGAGGAUCUGAAAGUUGCAGAUUCCAAGACACUAAGUGAAGCUGAGAGAGAGCGGCUGUUUGAAAAACUUGAUGGGACUCCAGAUUUUAUUGGUUGGGCUCUUCACAUACUGUCACCCAAUGUCAUCUCCACAAGUAUGCAGCAAAGGGCAAAAUACAAUCUGAAUGCCUUGUCCCAUGACACAGCCAUAGGUCUCGUUCAACAUGCCCUGGAUAAUGGGGUACAGGUGACUGAGAUAUUUGUGGAUACUGUGGGUCCUGCUGAGAAGUAUCAAGAGAAGCUAAAGCAGCGGUUCCCUGGGCUGGACGUGACUGUGAAGCCCAAAGCUGAUUCUUUGUUUCCUGUAGUUAGUGCUGCUAGUAUCUGUGCAAAGGUGGCCAGGGACCGUGUGGUUAAGGGCUGGAAGUUCAUCGAGGAUCUAGGAGAAGUUGAUGCUGAGUACGGCUCUGGCUAUCCCAAUGACCCAAAGACCAAAGAAUGGCUCGCUCGGCAUCUUGACCCUGUCUUUGGAUACCCUCAGUUUGUGCGAUUCAGCUGGAGCACAGCGCAGACUAUCUUGGACAGUAAAGCCGUCCCGGUGCUAUGGUGA